AUGGCAAUUAAUCCGUGUUUUUGCUGGAAUAUUAAGGAUGGUACCGUUACUGUUGGCCUUUGGUCACUGGUUUAUUCAUUGGCAUCGUUGGUACUAUUCGGCUGGCAAUUGAAUGUUAUCAGUUCUUGUCAAACAGUAACAAUGUCACAAGCAAAUUUGCAAUGCGAGUAUUGGUGCCCAUGUGUUGGCGCUUCCAAUGAACGUACAAGUGCCCUAAUACAGGGUGUAUUGCAUCGUACAGUUGGCACUAUUCAGCUGGCAAUCGUACGCAAUCAAAUAUUGUCGAUACAUUGCUGCCAAUCAAUUAAUACCUGGCCAUAA